CAAAGAUGGCGGUGCGGAAGAAAGACGGCGGCCCGAACGUAAAAUAUUUCGAAGCGUCUGAUACCGUCUCGCAGUUCGACAAUGUCCGCGUUUGGUUGGGCAAGAAUUAUAAAAAGUACAUCCAGGCGGAGCCCCCCACCAACAAGUCUCUGUCUAGCCUGGUGGUCCAGCUACUGCAGUUUCAGGAGGAGGUGUUCGGACGACAUGUCAGCAACCCACCUCUCACCAGGCUGCCGAUGAAGAGUUUCCUGGACUUUAAGUCUGGUGGGGCUCUCUGCCACAUUCUGGCUGCAGCCUACAAGUUCAAGAGCGAUCAGGGCUGGCGCAGGUUUGACUUUCAGAAUCCUUCUCGGAUGGACCGCAAUGUGGAGAUGUUCAUGACUAUCGAGAAAUCCCUGGUACAGAACAACUGUCUGAGUCGACCAGUGAUCUACCUGAGCUCUGACAUUGAGGCCAAGCUGCUGGGGAAACUGAAGGACAUCAUCAAGAGGCACCAAGGCUCAGUGACUGAAGACAAUACAUGCAGCUCCCAUGUGGUGGUUCCCAUCCCUGCCAGUCUGGAGGAGGAGGAGUGGGUGCGUCCGGUGAUGAAGAGAGACAAGCAGGUGCUGCUCCACUGGGGAUACUCUCCUGACAGCUAUGACACCUGGAUCUCAGCCAGUGAGGUGGAGGCUGCUGUGGAAGAUCCGCCCAGCCCAGAGAAACCCAGGAAGGUCCAUGCCAAGUGGAUCCUGGACCUGGACCAGUUUAAUGAGUGGAUGAAUGAGGAGGACUAUGAGGUGGGAGAGGGGGGCCCCAAGAGGAAGAGGAUCUCAGCCAAGACCCUGACGGACGAGGUGACCACCCCGGGGGACGAGCGCCGCGACAAGAAGCCCGGCAGCGCCAAGAAGAGGAAGCGCUCGCCCUCCCCCUCGCCCACUCCACCAUCCCAGGAAAGCAAGAAGAAGAACACCAAGAAAGGGCCCACCACUCCGUACACUAAGUCUAAGCGAGGCCAGAGAGAGGAGGAGCUUGAGGAUCUGACUAAAGAUCUGGAUGAACCAUCACCUGUACCUGCAGUAGAGGAGGUCACCCUACCUAAGACAGCCAACACUAAGAAAGACUCUGAGUCGACACCAGUGAAGGGAGGUACCAUGACAGACCUGGAUGAGCAAGAGGAUGAAUCCAUGGAAACUGCAGAGAAGGAGGAGGAGGAGGGCUCUCCGAGUGUGAAAGGAGAGCCGGUGAAAGGGUCGGACCUCCAUGAGGACAACGUGACUGAGCAAACCCACCACAUCAUCAUUCCCAGCUACGCUGCCUGGUUCGACUACAACAGUGUCCAUGCUAUCGAGCGCAGAGCCCUCCCAGAGUUUUUCAACGGCAAGAACAAAUCCAAAACCCCUGAGAUUUACCUGGCCUACAGGAACUUCAUGAUUGACACGUACAGGCUUAACCCGCAGGAGUACCUCACCUCCACCGCUUGUCGUAGGAACCUAGCCGGAGACGUGUGUGCCAUCAUGAGGGUGCAUGCGUUCCUGGAGCAGUGGGGUCUGAUCAACUACCAGGUGGACUCAGAGAGCCGUCCCACCCCCAUGGGCCCCCCGCCCACCUCCCACUUCCACGUCCUGGCUGACACCCCCUCCAGCCUGGUGCCCCUGCAACCCAAGGCCUCCCAGACUCCGGCGGCACAGCAGAUUCUGUCUUUCCCAGACAAGGUGAAGGAGAAGCAGCCAGCCGACCUGCAGAACUUUGGCCUGAGGACAGACAUGUACAGCAAGAAGAAUGGGCCUCCUAAGAGUAAAAGUGCUGCCAACGCCAUGCGAGACUGGACCGAACAGGAGACACUACUGCUGCUAGAGGGUCUGGAGAUGUACAAGGAUGACUGGAACAAGGUGUCGGAGCACGUGGGCUCACGUACCCAGGAUGAGUGUAUACUGCACUUCCUGCGUCUGCCCAUCGAGGACCCCUACCUGGAGGACACGUCCUCGUCCCUGGGCCCCCUGGCCUACCAGCCUGUCCCCUUCAGCCAGGCAGGCAAUCCCGUCAUGAGCACCGUGGCCUUCCUGGCCUCCGUGGUGGACCCCCGCGUGGCCUCUGCAGCCGCUAAGUCUGCCCUGGAGGAGUUUUCCCGUAUGAAGGAGGAGGUCCCAGCAGCACUGGUGGAGGCCCAUGUGAGGAGAGUGGAGGAGGCGGCGCGGGCCAGUGGCAGACAGGACCCCCUCUACGGCCUGGAGGGCAGCGGCAUCGCAGGCACCAGCCUGGAGGAAGGAGACAAACCUGAAGAGAGCAGUGAGGAGAAUAAGAGUGACAGCCAAUCCAGUGAGGAGAAGAGGGAGACCAAGGAGAACAAAGAUGGAGCCAUGGAAGAAGAGGAGAAGCAAGGAGAAAACGGGAAGAAGGAGGAGGAGAGAGGGAGAGAGGGAGAAGGAGAGAGAGAGCGAGAGGCUGGGAAGACAGAGACAGAGAUGGGUGACAGAGAGAAGGAGAAGGAAGGGAAGGAUGGCUUGGAGGAGGGCCAGAGAGAAGGAGAGAGCGAGGGAGAAAGGAAGGCUAAGGUGGAGCGGGACGUGGGAGAAGGGAACCUGGCUACCGCUGCUGCCUCCGCCUUGGCUGCUGCUGCCGUCAAAGCCAAGCACCUGGCUGCGGUGGAGGAGAGGAAGAUCAAGUCUCUGGUGGCUCUGCUGGUGGAGACUCAGAUGAAGAAGCUGGAGAUCAAACUGAGACACUUUGAAGAGCUGGAGACUAUCAUGGACCGAGAAAGGGAGGCUUUGGAGUACCAGAGGCAGCAGUUGCUGGCAGACCGUCAGUCGUUCCACAUGGAGCAGUUGAAGUAUGCAGAGAUGAGGGCGCGUCAGCAGCACUUCCAACAGAUCCAGCACCAGCAGCAUAGCCAGACUGGAGGCCCACACCCUGCCCCGGCCCCCCCACCCCAGGGCCCCUCAGCCACCCAGUCCCAGCUGACCCCCAGUAUCCCUGCACCACAGCCAGCUCCCAGCCCAGCACCCCCUGCCUCCUCCGUCCCCAUGUCUGGCCCCUCCUCUGCCCAGGCCCAGCCCACCGAGCCCCAGCCGCCCCCCAGUGGUCCUCACACCACACCUCCCCGCCCGCCAGGCCACUCCAGCACCACCACCACCCCAACACUCCACGAGCCCAGCGCCCCUCUACCUGGGGAUACACUCCACUCCUCAGCCCCUGUUCCCACUCCACAGUGAAAAGAGAGAAAGAAAGAGAGAUAGGUAGGGAGAGAGAGGAGGGAAAAGAGAGAGAGACAGGGAAAAGGUCCUGGCAAACUGAAAGACAUUGACCACUUUGUACCUAUGAAUUCUGCCUGUAUCAUCUGAAAAUGAAGAAGUCAAACUGAAGGAGAUACAACGAACUUUGAUCAUGUUUAACAUUUGGACUGGACGAUUGACAUGAGAAAGGAAAACAAAACAAAAACAUUCCCUACCGGAAUGAAUAUUAGGUGGAAAAGAACCCCCUCAAAAUUUCUCCCAACUAAAAGCAAAAGCUAUUGAAGAACUUUAUCGGUUUUCAAACGAACAGUCCCCCAGUCAUUUUUACAGACAUAAGUUGCUUAAUUACUUUCACCCUUCACAUCAGACCCAAGGUUAAACCAAGAGAGUAUUGUCAUGUAAAUACGCCACCUGACCUGAGGAUAUGAAGAGAACUAAAGGACUCUUGUCUUAGCAAUGGUGCUUUCAUUUUCUUCUAUAGUAUACUGAGGGUCAGAUGUUCCCAGCCAUGUUCCCAGAGGUACCUACCUACCUAUUCUCCCAAGGUACCCCUAGUAGGUACUUAGAAUUUAAAGAAGAUUUCAAAAAGAUUUGCACUUUGAAAAUAUGUUUCCCCCGGUGCCCAUAUCUGGAGACAAACCAUUAUUAACUAAGGGCUGUAUUCAAUCAGAUCCGCUUUAGCCAACAUCCGCAUAGCUGUUGUUUUGGCUGUGUCAGAGGUGGAACUGUGUUA